AUGCGAGUUGGCUUUAUUCUCCAGGUGCAGGUCAUUGUGGCCCUUGGCGCCCUAACGUCAGUCCAUUCAAAAUUGGAGUUAACGAACAUUAAAUGCAUUUCCCACGACCCCGACUUCGCAGGGUUCGAGUACUGCCUUCUGAAGUCGAUCAACAGGAGCUACAAAUACUUGUCACUGAAAGUGAAACUCUUUAAAGUUCCCAUCACCGAUAUCAAAGUGAACUUAGCCUUGGCCAAGAAGUCAAGUGGCUAUAAUCCUUUUCUCUACAACAUCACCGUGGAUGCCUGCAGAUUCUUAAAGUACCCGAAAUCAAACCCCGUCAUCGGGUAUAUGUACGACUUCUUCAGAGCCCAUUCCAAUAUGAAUCAUACUUGCCCUUACGAUCACGAUCUUUUGGUGGACAAGGUCACUACCAAUUUUAUCAAUAAACAUGUGACGGAGGUCCUACCAUUUCCUGAAGGCGAAUUCCGCUUCAGAUCCCACUGGAUAGCCUAUGGCAUUCUUCGAGCAACUGCAUCGGUUUAUGCCACAUUAUCCUGA